AUGCAUCUAUCCCUCGUCCUUUGCGCAUUUGGGUGUAAUGUGGCCGCUCUAGCCGGUCCCCAAUCCCCUGAGCUUCAUGUUGUGACUUCUUCCGGCUCGGUGAACGGGAUAUACAAUAAUUCUGCACACACAGUACGGGCGUUUCUGGGAAUUCGAUAUGCCGAGCCCCCAGUUGGCGAACUGCGAUGGGCACCACCACGCCCCAAAUCACCACCCCGAAUCCCCAUCGAUUCCUCCUCCAGCAGUCCUUGUCCACAUGUGUAUAGGUACUCCAAUGAGUCUAUUUGGAGUGUCCUUCCGUACAUGAUAUGGAACUCUGGCGACAUGUCUGAAGACUGUCUGUAUAUGAAUAUCUGGGCGCCUUCUAUUGAGCAUCGAGGCGACAGGGAAGUUCACAAAGCAGCAGUCAUGAUGUUCAUUCACGGAGGAAGCUAUGAUACAGGCGGAGAUGCUGAGUUUUGUCCAUUCAAAUCAGUAAACUUGGGGGUUAGUUAUCGACUCAAUGCCUUUGGAUUUCCUAAUGCCCCAGACCUUGACCCUUCCAAACAAAACCCUGGACUCCUGGACCAGCGACUGGCGAUCGAGUGGGUUUAUGAGAACAUAGUCAGAUUUGGUGGUGAUCCAGAUAGGAUUCUUCUGUUUGGUCACUCUGCUGGGGCUGCAUCAGCUGAUAUCCAUUCAUAUGCACACCCAGAUAAUCCUAUUGUCAGCGCAAUUGCUCUUCACUCCGGCACCGCUCCAUUACUGACUUCGGCCCCUGACCAUCGAAAUUGGAAUGAAUUGUCUACUGCGGUUGGAUGCGGCGUAGGAGCCCAAUCUUUCCAAUGCAUGAAGAAAGUUCCAGCUAUGCAGAUUGUCGAAACAAGGGCCCGGGGAAACUAUACCUUCCAUCCCAUUGUGGAUAAUGUCCUCGUCUUUUCCGACUAUGCCGCUCGAGCUGAAAUGGGGAAAUUAGCACGAUUGCCAACAUUGGCAGGGAUUACUGGACGUGAAUAUUCGGCUUUCUUACCGUUAAGUCAAACAUCCGUUGAUGAGAUAGCAAUCCACGUGCUCGGUCAACAGAUUUUCAACUGUCCCUUCCGGGAAUCUGUAGAUCACCAGGUGCCCACCUGGUGGUAUGUAUAUCACGGGAAUUUCACCAAUCUUAGCCCAAUUCCAUGGCUUGGAGCAUAUCACGGGUCUGAGAUACCUAUGGUUUUUGGGAACUAUAAUAUAUCGGCGAUCCCUUCAUCCGCCAGGGAAGUUGAAGUCAGCCAAUACAUGCAAGGUAUUGCCUGGAUUGAUGAUUUUCUAGGAGCUUGGGUUGCAUUUGCCAAGGACCCUAGGGGGCUGAGCGAAUAUGGGUGGCCAGAGUUCAGCUUUGAUGGUACAUCUCUUUUCCUAUUUUGGUUUUUUUCUGAAGCUGAUCAUAGGUGA